AUGAGUGAGUGCCGUAACUUCUCACCUUCUCCAGAGUUUAAAUGGUUAUGUGAUGAAUUAUUUCAAAAGAUUCACGAUACUUCGGUUAACAGACAUCUUAUAGGAAAGCCUGUAACCGUGCGCUUCCUAGAGAUUAUUGCAAAUUUCAUUAAGCUAUGGAGGAGCACUGUAGGUAAUGAUAUAUACCCAGCUUUGAGAUUAAUCAUACCUUACAGAGACAAGAGGGUUUAUAAUAUAAAAGAAAACACUUUAAUCAAAGCAUUGUGUCAUUAUCUCAGAUUACCGAAGAACUCGGACACAGAGAAAAGGCUCCUUCGUUGGAAACAACGGGCACCAAGAGGGGUUAAAUUAUCCGAUUUCUGUGUAGAAGAGAUCAGAAAGCGUCAAAAGGAUUAUGAAGGUCCAACUAGGAUUACUAUUGACCAGUUAAAUGGUCAUUUAGAUGAGAUUGCACAAGCAGGCAAUGGCAAGAGAAUGGGUCACAUGGCACUACUUGACUCACGAGCAUUCAACUAUUGCUUGAAACAUAUGACAUUUGAAGAAUUGAAAUUCUUCUUUGAUAUUCUUCUUAAGACCAGAGUAAUUUCUGGGUUAGAGGUUAAGUUUUUGAAUGCAUGGCAUCCAGAUGCCCAAGAUUAUUUGAGUGUUGUUUCAGACUUGUAUGUUUUAAGUCAAAGAUUAUAUGAUCCAAAUGAAAGGUUAAGAAAGGUUGAUCUUUCCAUAAAUAUUUCCCACGCAUUUGAACCACAACUGGCCAAAAGGACUCAUGCGUCUUAUGAACAUGUGGCUUCUAGCUUGGGAAAGAAUUUUAUAAUCGAAGAGAAGAUGGAUGGAGAGAGGCUUCAAAUACAUUAUAUGAACUACGGAGAACAAAUAAAAUACCUAAGUCGAAGAGGUGUAGACUUUUCAUAUCUUUACGGUGAAAAUAUCAGUAAAGGCCCGGUUUCAUCAUCUAUUAAGUUGCAUCCCAAUGUUAAGGAUUGUAUAUUGGAUGGUGAAAUGAUUACGUUCGAUAUUGAAAAAGAUAUGGUGCUUCCAUUCGGUCUCGUAAAAAAUAGCGCAAUGAAUCAUGUCCAAGCUGAAAUAACUGGCGUAUCGCUGACAGAAUCACAUAGGCCUUUGUUUAUUGCAUUCGACCUAGUAUACCUCAACGGAAAGUCUUUAACAAGUUUGGAGCUUUGGAGAAGAAAGGAUUAUUUGAGCAAGAUUCUUACCCCGGUAGAAAAAAAAGUCGAAAUAAUACAAUAUCAUAAGUCAGAUGAUGCCAUGGAUAUAAAAAAUUCACUUGAACAUGCAAUCUCAGUAGGGUCUGAAGGAAUUGUGCUCAAAAACUUACAAUCAAAAUAUAAUAUUGCAAGCCGAAAUUCGGAUUGGAUCAAGAUUAAACCUGAAUAUUUAGAACAAUUUGGAGAGAAUAUGGAUUUAUUAGUGAUCGGAAGAGAUCAAGGAAAGAAGGACUCGUUUUUAUGUGGCCUCUCUGUGAAUAAUACUGAAAAUCCAACUGAAAGGCCUAAAUUUCUCUCUUUCUGUACAAUAGCAAAUGGAUUUUCCCAGGAGGAAUUCAAAGACAUAGAAAGAAACACUAGGGGAAAGUGGCAUAUAUUCUCAGAAGAACCUCCGGAUAAGAGAAUUUUUGAGUUUGGAACUAAGUUGCCUUAUGAAUGGAUUUAUCCAGAGGAUUCAGUUGUUUUAGAAGUUAAGGCUAGAGCAAUAGAUAACAAAGACUCUGAGAAAAAAAGAUAUAGAACAGGAUGUACGUUGCAUUUUGGGUAUUGCAAACAAAUUAGAUAUGACAAAAGUUGGAAAGAUGCAACAUCAUUAGCAGACUUUGAGGAAAUGAAAGAAGCAAGAAAUUUUUAUCACAAACGAACACAGCAUGAAGUAUCAAAGGAGAAAAGAAAAUCAUCAAAAAGGGCAAGAAUUAACAUAGUUAACAUAUCUGAACCUCGAAGACUAGAUGAUCCGAUUUCAUACAUUUUUCAGAGAUGUAAAUUCAGAAUAAUUUCUGACUUUUUCUAUCAGUCGAGAAGGAAACGAAUUAGCCAGGAAGAUUUAUGUUCCUUGGUAUUAGAAAACGGUGGAGAAGUCAUUUACAACAACGUUGAUAGUAUUACACCUGAAGAGAACCUCUAUAUAAUUAGCGAUAGGCUGACUUAUGAGUGCAAGGUAUUAGUUGACAAGGGCCUCGUAAUUGUGAAUCCGCUAUGGAUUUUUAAGUCAAUUGAAGCGGGCGCUAAAUUGCCAUUAACUGAUGAAGACAUAUUUGCUGCUACGAGAAAGGAACAUGAGCGUGUAAUGCCACAACCAAAUAAUAUAACUGAAAAGUAUACGGGCUAUUCAAAGAUAGCAUACCCAGAAUCUUCAUAUUACAAUAAUAAUAUGAAUAUAUCCAGUAUGCCGAUCUUCCGCUUUGAUAGAUUGAAAAUAGCAAUGAUAGAUUCACCAAGUGUUUCAAGAGCUUAUCUGAGAAAAGUUGAAUUUACCAUAAAAUGCCAUGGAGGAACAAUAGAAAAUAUGGAAAAUGCAGAUAUAAUAGUAGUAGUCAACGAGUUGAUAUCGAAAAAGGAACUUCUCUCAAUUCGUAAAAAAAUUGCAGCUAGAGCAGUUAAUGAAUCAGUAGACAGCACACCCCGAAUCCCAAGAAUAGUAGAUGUUUCGUGGAUUUUUGAUUCCAUAAAAGGACAUCACCUGGUUGAUGCUGAAAACUAUCAAUGUUUGUAA